UCGAUCGAUCAUGGGGCUGAGCAAGGCGGAGGUGAAGCUGCGGAGGCUGCUGGCGUCGAUGCCCAGGCAGGAGAAUGAGCGCAAGCUCGUCCAUUAUGUGGCAACGGCUAGAGAGCUCCUCACUGUUCUCACGGGAGAGAACGCCCAGCAAAAUCUUCCCAGCAUUUCAAUGGACAAAGCCCGAGAGUAUGGCGAACAGAUUGAAGCGUUUGCCGAGAAGAUCAACGUCACACAAAUGGCAGAUAUGUGGGAUGCGCUCAAAACUUCUACCUCGAACGCCGAUGUCGAGGACGAAUUCUCGGCGACUCCUGCCGAAACUCCAGUUCCCGAGCGCAAUCUUCGAAAGAGACACAUCCAUCGUGACGAUCCCGAGCCUGGUCCUUCAAAAGAAGAAGUGAAACUCGACAGUGCCACUCAUGAAUUCAUUGGAAAGCAUCGGCGACUCCAGGACGAUCUAACAGAUGAAAUGGUGGCGUUAGCUCGACACAUGAAAGAGUCGACACUGCUCAUGCAACAAUCCCUGCAAGACACAGACAAAGUUGUGGAUGCCACUGGCGAGGCUGUAGAGCGAAGCUUGGCCUCCGCGAACCGUGUGACUCGAAGAGCCGGCGAGCUCUACUCGCGAGGCUUUAGCACUGGAUGCUACACUUGGCUUCUCAUCUUUGCCAUGUUUUGUGUCUUCAUAUUCAUGAUCGCAGUCAUCCGGAUCACUUGAUGAUGUUCUCUCUUUUCUAGACCGAUAGUCAAGGCAUGGCCAAGAGCAGAAUGUGUUGGCGCUUCGUCAAGAAGAACCGCCAUCUCAAGUGUUACAUGGAGUCGCUCCCCGAAAGUAUAGUGGCGCUGAGCAAGGACGAGCUCCCCAAGCAUUUUUCUUGGAAUCAUAAUCCAUAGCAUGCCGGUCAUCAAACUUGAGAAUUACAUGGUAAUGCCCUGACCUUUUAACUCUAAUGAUGUGAUAUCAAGUUCUCCAUACAUU